GCUGGUGGCUGUUACUCCGAACCGCUUCUCCUCACCCGGAAGCGCAUCGCCGGCUUCCGACGGUAACGCUGAAAUACUGGUGUCAUCAUGAUUUUGAACCAGAUUUUGCGACUUUCAUCCAUUUUUCGCUCCGCUGUCUCCACUCACUUGCGCAGAAACAUAGGGCUUUCUGCUGUCGUCUUUAAUAAGGCAAAAGAGCUCGAUCCAGUUCAGAAGCUCUUCUUGGACAAGAUCAGAGAAUACAACACAAAGAGCAAGCAAGCUGGAGGGCCUGUUGAUGCAGGCCCUGAAUUUCAGAAGGAAAUAAAUGAAUCGCUUGCUAGACUUCAACGGGCAUAUGGUGGGGGAGAUCUAACCAAGUUUCCAGAAUUUAAAUUUGAGGAGCCCACCUUUGAGGAUACUCCAAAGUGAUCUCUGCAGGUUGCAUGCCAAACAGCAACAUACAUCAGUGGAGUUGCUGAACAUGGCACCAGCUGUAACUUAAUAAAUGCAGUGUUGCAGUUCGA